GGAUAUUUCACGAUGGAUUUGGUCUGCGGCAGCGGUGACCGCGUCCCGCUGCGGGAGGCCGCCGCCUACCUCCGCGCCCAGCGCGCAUCCAGCGGCUCGUCCGUCAAAUCGCUUCUCAACGGCGCUUCGCUCUCGGCUACGCCCGUGGCAGCAGCCGUGGCCUCCAAGGAGAAGCAAACGUACUUGGCCAAGCGGCGCCAGUACCUGCAGCGGCGCCAAGAAGAAAAAUCGUACAACCAGAUGCUCGGCAAGCUCGAGCGCCCCAAGGCGGACUCGGACAUGCAACGCGAGAUGAAGUCGGUCUCGCAGCACCUCUCGAUCGGCGCCAACAUGAUUGCCGGCAUGGCGACGGCGUUCUUUGUCGCGUACUAUGUUGCCCGCAGCGUUACGGACAACGAGACCUCGCGUCUUCUCUUGGGCCUCGCCGCCACGAUUGCCAUGAUGGUCGUCGAGAUGGUGCUCUACAUCACGCGCUCGACCAAGCAGGAGGAGCUCGCGCGCCGGCAGCGAAAGAGCGAAGGCCGCAAGUAAGCGCAAACGGCGCUGUUUUGCAUCAUGUGGCCUUGUCGCACGGACUCAUUCGAUGCACUUGACGUCCAGGCGCACAGCUUGCAAGAUAGAAGGAACGGGCGACUUUAGCAUAGGCGCUGGACUGCUAGACGGGCAGGAUCCAGCCCAUGCGCCAACGGCGGUAGAGACUUGGGUGGCUGCGUGCUCGAGUCCUUGGAAUGCUGUGUGAAUUGUGUAUUGUACUACGUCGUUGCAGUCAUCA